UCAUAAUAGAUAUGUUUAAAAGUAAAUUUCUACCAAACUAUUAGCAAUCUAUUUUUCUAUCGUUCAAACAAAACUAUCUUCGGAUUCCAGUUUAUCGUAGUGAGUGAACUUUUUAAUCAUGAGGUUUUGUGAACUAGCAGUUAUUUAUAUAACGUUUAUCAGUAAAAUACAAUUCAGUCUCACUGCCUCACAUUCGUUCGUAACCUCGCUGUACGACCGACUGACCACAUACAAUUACAGUUACAUCAGACCAGAAUUAGAUCUUAAUACAGCAACAACAGUUCGGUUCAAGUUCUUUCUUGUGAACCUUCAAGAUCUGGACGACAACAAUAGCAAAUUUUCUGUAACCGGGUAUUUUGAAAUAAAUUGGAAGGACAAUAAUUUAACAUGGGAUCCAACAUCUUAUGAUAACACAGAUUCAAUCCGUAUUCCGUCGGGAUACAUGUGGAAACCUCAUCUUCUUGUUGGAAACCCUUAUGCAGAUGCUACUGUGAUAUCAUUACAGCAAUCUACAAUCCGCGUUUACUCUGACGGUUCAGCGUACUGGUACCCUGCCGAUAGUUACCAGAUGUCUUGUGAUGCCGAUGUGUCUUAUUUUCCAUUUGAUUCUCAGACAUGUGAGAUCUGGCUGUUACCAUGGCAGCACGAUGCAAGUGAAAUAAAUGUGACCUUGAAACAAACCACAGUAGAUUUGUCUUCCUACAACCCAAAUCCAACGUGGGAUUAUGUUUCGUCAAACGUGUAUACACAAAGUAGUUCAAACGGUGUCCAUUUUACCAUGAAAUUCAAAAGGAAACCUACAUUUUUUAUGAUUAACAUUAUAUUUCCGAUUAUAUUACUUGGAGUGUUGAAUGUGUUUGUGUUCGUGUUACCUGCUGACUCUGGAGAACGUGUCGGAUUUAGUAUAACACUCUUGCUGUCAAUUGCUGUUUUUAUGACAAUCAUAGCAGAUUCACUGCCUAAUACGUCUUCUCCAAGACUAUCAUCAGUGGUCGUUAAAUUGAGUGUUGACCUAAUAAUCAGUGCGUUAAUGAUGGUUUGUACUAUCUUGGGACUAAUUCUUCAUCAUCGAACUGAUAAUGUUCCUUCAACAGGAUUCUGGAAGUGUUUUAUGAGGUUUCGGCAAUGUUUUUUGGAUUGUAGAAAGUCUAAAACGAAUGCUGUACAUGCCGAAAAAAACAAAAUCCCUAACGGAAUAGCACUUACAGAUUUUGCAAAUAAAACUUACGAGAAUACAUAUGGUAAAGAUGAAAAACAAGAUGGUGUCACAUGGAAAGACAUAAGAGGAUUCUUAGAUAAAUGUUUGAUUGUCUUAUUCAGCAGUAUUUUGAUCAUAGCGAAUAUUGGAUUCUUUAUGGAUAUCGUUGCUGGUAUCAAUUAGGUUACUCGCUUUCGUUAUAACUAAGUUAAUACAAUAUGUAUUUUACUUUUGUUCGUACUAUAUAUGCAAUGGUUACGCUAUUGGUGUAGCUGUCUACAAUGUGUUGGUGAUUUAUUAAUUAGACUUUUACAAACACACUAAUUCUCACGAGGGACAAGUUCAUAAGAGAAAUGAUUUAGUUUAAAUAAAACUGAACUAUUAACAACUGUCAUACAAGUAGGAGUUUUAGCUAGCUAUAAAACCAGGUUCGACCCAUUCUUUUUUUCGGUAAAUGAUUGUACCAAGUUUGGAAUAUAAUAGUUGUUUUACAGACGGAUAGUCAUAAGUUGUUUUUUUGUACUUCCCCAUAAUGGGGUGUAGCUUGGAGGUCAUUACUUUUGUAAGUAAUUUUUAAAUGUAAUUCAUAAAAAGGAAUGAAAGGAAUUCUAAACUUUGUUCCCGCCUAUUUGUCAAUAUAAUGGAGUUUGAUGCGACUAUCGUACAAGUAAGAGGUUUAGCGCUUAAAACCUGGUUCAAUCCACCAUUUUCUAAAAUGCCUGUACCUAGUCAAGAAUACGGCAGGUGUUGUCCAUUCGUUUGACAUGUUUUGUCAUUUGAUUUUGACAUUUGAUAAGAUAAGGGACUUUCCGUUUUGAAUUUACCUCGGAGUUCAGUAUUUUUGGGAUUUAACUUUUUACAGUACUGAAUGGGUAGAUCAUAUUGCUAUGUAUCAGUUAAAGUCUGUGGUACAUCAGACAACAACAACGAUUC